AUGCGAGAGGCCUUUUCAGAGUUGGAUGUGACGAGCGAGGUCCUCGAGGUCACCGUAAUUCCUCCACCGCUGCCCCAGCCGCGUCUGCGUCUAACCACCUACGGCUACACCGGCACCGUGCACUACGACUUCCCGCGGGACUCGGAUCCGGUAGAGGUGUUUGAGUGCUCCACUCCGGACGCCCUGGUGGCCCGCUAUCGACUCACUCUCCUGCGUCCCGCCACAAAUCGGGCGUUGGCACUCUCCUCGCGUGUCUGUAUUCGCAUGAAUGAGCGUGGCUUCCUGUCUCUGCAGUACAUGAUCACCUCCCUCCAUUCCAAUGACUCGCAGGCCUCCUUCGUGGAAUUCUUUGUAAGUCAUGGACUUUUUGCCGACUAACCUAGACUUGCGAUAUUGUUCCGCCCGUAGACGUAUUGGUCUUCCUUUCGGCAUGCCUGAUUUGUUGGUAGGCGUUGAAAUGGGUAAUAAACCCUGCGGACUCCUGUUUGUUGCCUGAAAAAUGAGUUCUUCCUACCCACAGAACCCGACUCCUAAAGGGAGUAUUUGCCUCUACUACUCCCAGAAUUUGAGGCUUGUAUGUUUUCCGACAGAGAUUACAGUUUUCAUGGUAAACCACUCUUUCGAUAUUAUCGAAUUUGAUCGUUUCAUUGGAGGCGCAACCCCUGUCGUGACCCAUGCGAUAGCUUAUCGCUUGGGAAGUACAAUCAGUGACCGAUCUCGUGAAAUAUUAACCAGAAUUCUGAAAUUUGUCUUCGAAUAGGAAGGAUUACUUGAGUUGGGUCCUACUAUCGAUUCUCGUGUGACACGAUCCCAUGAUAUCUCAAACACACCAGGACUAUGGCUUUUGAAUGCCGUACACUCUUCACUCAAAUUGCGUCGUAUCCAUUCAUUUAUUAACGCUCAUGAUGUAUAAAACGCAUUCCAAAUUAAUUUAAAAACUUUAUGAGUCCUGUUUGGUAACUUCUUAAUGGCAUAAAGGAAUGCAUGGUUUUCCCCACAGGGAAAAAAUGCAGCUUGUAGACUGAAAACCCUAAACGCAGAUGCAACGACAGGUCGGGCUUAACAUUAUUUGGGAAUCGAAAAAAAUGUUUAAAACCGAAGGAUGCCAUUUCCCUGAGUAUAAAAUUUAAAGAAGUGAUUUUCUAAAAAAAAUGAGUACAAAAUGAAUAUUUUUGUUAAUGUCUUCUACAAAGUCUAUUUGAAUUGAUAAGGACAUCGAAAACCAACAGGAAAAUGCAUGCUAGUUAUGUAGUCAGCGUUUGCCGUGUGCGGUUUUUGCAAGCAACCGAUGAGAAGUGCAUUCGAAAGCCAACAUCCUGCAGUGCCUGAAAUGUCGUGGGAUUAUGCCGCACGAUACUCAAUAUUGCAACCUCAUUUAACUAAAUCUUCCUAAUCGAAAACGUAGUCCAGAGUUUCGGUUAGCACUUCAUGAGAUCGGUCACUGACUGUAGUUUGGAGAGUUUGCUUCGGUUCAAGCCAAUUGGUUCCACCUGAAGACGCCCUGGUGGCGGCUGCUGACCGUGUGGGGACAACAGACGGCUUGGCAACAGUUUAGGUGGACGUUCAACGGGGCAGUUCUUUUGUCGAAAGGCUGUUAACCGGUCGGAUUACAGGAUCCGCUUGUCCUGUUUCCCUUUUGGACUCGACCUGGAGCCCCAGGAACAGAGGAAGGUUGCUGACGACGGCAUGGGAGCCUGAAAGAACUAUUUCCGGCUUAUUAGCCAUCAUCGGCCAGCCAUGCCCAACCCCAGGUUUGAAUGACCCGGGAUUCGAGCUCGGGUCCUUCGGUCAUUGAGUAGAACGCUCAACCACUGGGUCGCGGACCAGUUGUCUUGCCGCUUGCGAUCGGGAAUGGUAACUUUUUUGAAAGGCCUUCACCGAUCGGGUUACAGGACCCGAACGUGUCUUUUCCAUCUCAUGUAGUCAGAUUUGUGGCUGAGCCCUAACAAGUUCAUGAUUAGCUUUUGGCACCACACAUCGCGCUGGAAUAUAGUACUGUACUGGCUCAACGCCCUUGGCUCAGUGUAUAGUUUAAUUUCUAGAUCGGCCGGCACUUGAAUGCUAAGUUACUAGAUGUCUUCUGAGGUGUCGUUGCCGGCUGGUCGUAAAUGCCAGAUUUCUCAGGAUAGCAAAAUCCUCAAACGUUUCAUUCUUAUCACAAGACCCUCUUAUUGUGAAAUAUAGAAGGACUCGUCCCGUAGAUGCGUCGUAUCUCCUAGCCUUGGCCCUCCAGUAGUUUGCAACGACAAGGUCAGUCGCCUGGAAACGUCGACCGUCAGAAGUUCAUCUUGGAGGACCUCUUUUUGCACGUCGUUGGUGUCCAACUUGGGGGGGGGGGGGCAUACUCCAACAACUGUUACGUUUACAACAGGAAUAUGCAAAAGUGCAGUCCCCAGCGAACACGGUUUCCAGCGUGUGACUAGAGUUUUGGCCUAAUUUCCCGGAACGAUUGUAGCGUCGUGUCCACCUCUGUCGUGGUGCUUAACGUUUCUCUCAGCGCCUAACACUUUAAUAAUGUUUGAGUCCUAAUCUCUAACGGAGACGGAGGCCGGCAGUUCCGAUGUGGUACUGUGCCACCGAAGGUAUGGGUUAGCUCUGCACUGCCGCUACUACAAAAAUUCCCACGUCCCAGCAUACGAUUCGCAGUUUUGCUUUUUAAGCUUUUCAUUUCGUCUUGACUUGAUUGACCAAUUCAGACUAGUCUUCGUAAUUUGAAUUUUAAGCUCGAUACCUAAAUUGAAAUUGAUAUUUGGUUUGCAUCCUAUCAAGUUCUGUGGAUCACCUGCGCGAUACUAAAAUUGGCAGCGGCCAGCCAGCGGUGUGUACAUAUACAUUGAGAUUGAUUCGUCAUGCUCUCAGCACGGAUAAUAGCCAAAAACCCAGGCACGCAUUUCGCCGACUUUGUGCCGUUGCAUGAUGCGCCGCCAUCUUUUUUUUCCUCCGAAAAGGCCAUUCUGCCGGUUGACAGAGACCUAGAUGCGCCGGUUCCCGUGAACACCGUAGUAUGAAUCGAAAGUCGUGGUGAUAAAACUUCCGUGAAAUGUUGAUUCAAAGACUUCAUAAAAGUUGGGUUCCUUGGUCUCCAACUCGACCUUUGGGCUGGAUGCCCAGCCUGCAGGCUAAUUUAUUCAUCGACGGCUCAUGUUCGUCCCAUCACAGUGCUGGCGGCCCAUGCUGUAAUUAGACCGCGCCAUUUUAUAGGGCUACCGGUUUGCUAUACUCUAAUCCCCCGCAUCCUGUUUGCACUGUUACCGCUGGUUCGCGGUUGUUUAUUCGCCAAGUGUAAGUCUGAUUUUCUUUCGCAUAUUCAUAUCAACUUGCGGAUCGAGCCUGAAAGGUAUGUUUCGAAGGAUUUAGUGUAGGUUCGCGCAUUACUUUCAUCGGAAACCAAACAAGGCAGUUACAAUGUUCAUCACCCGUAGGUAUCUCGGGUAGCCAACAGCUACACCACCACAUAUGCCUUAUCUACCCCGUGUUCACCCUGUCAUUUCAGAAUCAGGCCCAGUAAGGAUAGCGCUGUGUCCCCACCUAGCCUUUUUUUCCCAGGACAUUCCUACUUAUUUCAUUUACGUAGGCAUGUUAUGUCAGGUUACGGUCGCGUUCAACUUUACGAAUAGAGUUACGGUCAUAAUAAAGGCUGGGGUUGGGUUUAAAGUUAGGGUUAGGAAUGGGAUCGGAACUAGGAGUAAGGUUAAGGCUGGAGUCAAGUUUUCCUUCCACUUAUCGUUUUAGCCAUUUCGGCCAUCAUUAAUCAAUAACCACAGCUUACCUUCUUUUCCGCCCGUUCUCGUCCACUCAAUUCGCAUCUUUCAAAUUGCGCGGCAUCUUGUUGGAUUAAUGAGGCAAACAUACGAUGGGACUGUGAGUUUUCUCCAUGCCCUCCAUCUGCCCCAUACCCACUAACAUCCUUCUCACCUAACGGAAAUUCUGCUCAAUUUUUCGGGUGGCGCCACAUACGCUAUCGUUGCCUCGAGUCCGAAAAGCCCUGUGUCGAGUUCUGCCAUCAGUUAUCUACGUUAUCUACCAUUCUCUACAUUAAGGUUAUUCGGGUCCCCAGGAGUUGUCUUUGCCCACCCUUCUGCUUCCGAAAGCUUACUUCUCUUGUCUAUCUUUCUAGUGUGUUCCCGACGUGGACGAUACGGACGACCAUCGGAACACUGAUGACAUCGUCUCCGGCGACAUAUCGCCCUAG